AUGCAUCUCCUCUUUCUUCAUAUGCUUGUGCUUCUGCCUCUGGGGAAAGCCAGCUGGCACCUGGAUAGCAGCCAGAGUCAGAGUGCUGUUUCCCUCGCGCUCCUAGAAAGGAGUCGCAGAGAGCUCCCCAUGGCCAACCAUGAGGAAGUUGAGGACAAGCCAGAUCUGUUUGUUGCAGUUCCACACCUAGUAGGCACCAGCCCAGCAGAGGAAGAACAGAGGCAGAGAGAGAAGAUGCUGUUCAGGUUUGGCAAGUUCUGGAAGAAGCCUGAGAGAGACUUGCCUCCUCCCAGGGACUUGGAAAGUGAGUACAAUCCGCUUGCAACCCAAGUUUUCCCGGUGAAUGGGAUGAAAGUGGAGAAGUCUCCUCUCCGGGAAGAAGCCAAGAAAUUCUGGCACCACUUUAUGUUCAGAAAGGGUCCAGCCUCUCAGGGUGUCAUCUUGCCCAUCAAAAGCCAUGAAGUGCAUCGGGAGACCUGUAGGACGGUGCCCUUCAGCCAGAUGAUCACCCAUGAGGGUUGUGAGAAAGUAAUUGUUCAGAACAACCUUUGCUUUGGGAAAUGCAGUUCUGCUCAUUUUCCCGGAUCUGCACCGCGCACCCACAGUUUCUGCUCCCACUGUGCACCUGCCAAGUUCACCACGAUGCACUUGCAGCUGAACUGCACCGGUCCCGCCCCUGUGGUCAAGGUAGUGAUGCAGGUGGAAGAAUGCCAGUGCAAGGCAAAGGCGGAACACGGUCACUGGUGCCUCCUACACUCUGGCUCCCAGGAUUCCUUUAUCCCAGACAUUUCAACUUAAGAAGCGAUUCCACUAUUGUGCUGAAAGACAAAAUCACAAUAGCAAAAGUGAUAGUGAUUCAAUCUGAAGGUGCUAAGUGGGUAAACAAUGUUGAAAGGAAGGUAUUCUAAAAGAUGCUUUCUGGGUUAUUGGUAUAUGGUUGGAAUCUAGUCUUGGCUGUGGAACUAAGUGGUUGUGGAAUACUAAUAUGUUUGAAAACUUUUUCUACCUGAAGUUUUUUAAAUCUAUGUACCGGGGAUCGAACUCAAACUCAUGACUGCCUGCUUGCAAGGCAGGCGCUUAUGCAGCUGAGCUAAAUCCCCAGCCCCCAGUUUUUUAAAUCUAUAAAUGAGGAAUUUGACUUGGGUGAUUGCUAAAGUUCUUUACACUAAAGUUCACAAUCCAGCUUCUCUGGUUUUGGUAAAAAUCUUCUAUCUGAAGAAAAUGAACCAUAAAAAAUGAACUUUUUAAUAGUUUGACAAAUAACCAGAAUGAAAAAAGCGAAGUGUUCUCAAAGAAUCCUUCAUUAUUUUACCUGCCUCUGUGACUCAGGAAAUGCUGUGUGUGUGUGUGUGUGUGUGUGUGUGUGUGUGUGUGUGUGUUGCGGCGGGGGUUAAACUCAAGAGUCUUCACACUGAGUUAUAUCCCCAAAGAGCCAUUUGUUUGUUUGAGUUGCUAAAUUGCUCAGACUGGGCAGGAAUUUUGUCUUAUCUGCCCCAACCUCCCAGAGUGCUGGGAUUACAGUCACUAGCGCCACCAUGCUUAGCUAUCUCUCAAGGGAUUCUUUUUCAUAAGUGUGAGAAGUAAUUCACUUGGUUGCUUUUUCUUAUUUCUGGUACUCCCCAUAAAGUUCUUAAUGCCACUUCUUUGACUUUGAAGAAAGAACACUAGUGCUACUUUUAGCAGUUUAGAGAGAGAGAGAGAGAGAGAGAGAGAGAGAGAGAGAGAGAGAGAAACACAAUAGUAGCCAAAUGGGUAUUUAUAUUAUGAGGAAGGGAAAAUAUAUAACCAGUACCAAAUUUACAGGUCACUCCUGAGAUCUAGUGAAAAUAAGCAAGAAAUUCAGUGGGGUCAAAUUAAAUGGCUAAUGAUUUAAAAUUAAAAUACCCACCUAUCUUUUGAAUCAGGUAGUAAAGAAGCUUUCUGUUCUUCGAUGCUUGUUUUUACUUUUGUAUAAAACAUUUGACAAAUUUUAUUCAGCAAAUGCUAAACGUUCUGAAAAUAUGAAUCUUUAAAUGUAUUAAAUAUUAGUAUAAGUAGUAUUCUGGGAAGUAUUGUGGUGCAAAUGUAAAUGUCCUAUAUUUUGCCCUUAUUUGUUUUGCCUGUCUCAAGCAAAGAGUACUUUGGGGAGAUUAGUUACAAGCAUUAUGAAAUGACUUCAUGGGUGUAUGAGCAUGGUCCAUGUGUUUCUUUGACUUCACAAACCGCCUUCUGUUUAAGUCUUUCAAUCACUGAUGUUUAGUAAUUGCCUUUCUCCUGCCUGUAUUUAUUUGCAUGCAUAUAUCAUGCAGAAUUGACUUUCCCCAGCCAGAUUACUUGUUUGUAACAAUUCUUCAAAGAUUUGUUGUAAUAAAUUACUUUAGAUCUUUUAAUUUCAGUAUACACAUACACAAAUAUUUCCAAGUGUAAUGACUAAUUAUUUUUAAAGAAAUUAAUUUAUAUUUUAAUUCUGUUCCUCUUUAAUUAUACCAUCUAACAUGAUGUUCUGAAGAAGCAAAUGCAUUUAUAUUUAGUAUAUAUUAUGCAACACAUCAAUAUAAUAUGAGCUACACAGAUACAUAUGGGGCAUUUACAA